AUGAAUUCUAUCCGUAUCCUUCUCUCCCUGCUGCUUGUCCAUAUUGCAGCAGCCCAUUUUGGGCAUGCCGCUGAAAAUUCUCAUAGUCAUUCACUCCCCAAGCGCGCUGCAUUCGCGCCGGGUGGUGAUGGUGUCUGCCACACCUAUAUAAUUCAGGAGGGUGAAACCUGCGCAAAGCUUGCUGAGCGCUAUCAAAUUACGACCAGCAAUAUCGAGACUUGGAAUACUGGGGCCUGGGGCUGGUCGGGGUGUGCCAAUAUCAAGCAAGGCGAUUUUGUGUGUCUCAGCUCCGGUACCUUUCCUAUGCCGGUUGCUCUCCCACGUGCUAUCUGCGGUCCUCAGGUUCCCGGGACAGGGCGCCCUGGCAAAUAUUCAGAUCUCGCCUCUCUAAAUCCAUGUCCUUCGAAUCAAUGCGUGAGUUCAGUAAUUAUCCAAAUUGCCCGUGAUCUCUUCUAA